AUGACAACUGCUGGAGCUGUAAGAGAACAAACACGUUAUUGCAUCUCGGCAAAAGAUAACGCAGUUUUGAUCAUAGAUGGCAAAUGGGGUCCGUGGUCCGGAUGGGCAGAAUGUACAGCUAGUUGUGGCCAUGGAAAGCAGAACAGGUUCCGUAUGUGCAACAAUCCUCCACCAUCAGAGGGCGGUGGCUUUUGCCCUGGAGAACCCAUCGAAUGGAAAAGCUGUUACAUUCACUGCGAAAAAAAGCCACCAGAAACACCGUUUGAACCGAUGCCAAGCAAAGGUAGUUGUGUUUGUGGCUGUGUGCUACGAAACAGUACAGGUAUAAUCACUGCUACUGAUGAAUGUCCUGGAUUGAGUGUCUGGCUGGUCAAGGUGGCUAAUCAAUACCAAAUAACAUUGCUAUUUCAAUACGCUAAAUUACGGCCAUCCGGACAGUGGAUAAAGAUUCGAGAUGGACAUGCGGAAAACUCUAAAUUAAUUGUCUUCAGCGCCGUCGGGGGAAUUCCGGAAUCAGUGACGUCAUCAUCGAACCUCAUGCGCAUUGAAUUCAUGACGUCAUCUUCUUCUGAUUCAGCCUCAUACAUACUUCCACAUCAAGACACACAAGAGAUCUCAAAAGCAUUAUAUUUAUAUGGAUUCAUCGCAAAUUACACAAUAUCUGUUAUCAAUGUCACUGAAGCUCCACUUAUUCCACACUCUUUGAUGGCUAAAGAACCUGAAUGGGAGAACACAGUAGCCGCCAUUGGAAUUAUUGUGUGUGUAAUGAUGCUAGGAAUAAGCAUCGCUUGCGGCGUAUAUCAGCGGGUUUACCGUCGUCCGUGGCACAAAUACACAGUGGCAUCUCAAGGGGACAGUCCUUACCAUGUCAAGGGCAGUGCACCCAGCAGUCCGACCAGCGCUGCCGGUAACACUGAGAUCGAAAACGACAUGGAGAUCCCACUAACUAAAACCGGAAGCGGCAAACGCAAGAAACAAGAGGCCACAACUCCAGUGGUCACUUCACCACGGACUUCGGUGUCCAGUGCGUCAAGUGUAAUAGGAAACGCUCGUAAAGUGAAGACAAAAGCCGAUGUGUCGGUGCAAGGUUCUGCACAAAGUCCCUACUCUGCAAAUGCGACACCUAUCGACUACGUUCAUAAUCAGAGCAUCCUCAAGUUAAGCCCUUCGUCAAAGGUACGUUCACCUAAAGUUCAUCCCUCAAGCGGCAAGGGCAGUGUCACAACGCCCAAAUCGCCACUGUGCAAUUUGAAUUUAGAAGAACGCGUGGUACCCGGUGCCUCAGGAACGCCUUCCUCUUCGCAAAACAAUGGCACUUCCCCGACGGUGAAGACACCGGUCAAUGCUACAGACACAUCAUCAAAUAAAUCGUACUCGUCAUCAAAAAAUGGAAAAGAUAAAUCGCAAAAAAGAGACAAAUCAAAACAUUUCCGGUUACCGACGCCAAAAGGUAGUAACCGCAACUCAGAUGGUAUCCCGUUAAUGACGUUACAAGAUAGGUCAGAUUACGACCUGAAAACUUUAGCACAAAGCGCUGGUCCUGAUUCCGGCUCAGCAGAUAAACCUGAGAAAAAGGUCACGACUGAGUUUAUUGCAAAGGACAAGAAACCCAAACGACCAACUAGUCUUGUCGAUGACGAGAAAAGUAUAAGCUUAACGAAAGCGUCUCCUAUGAUUACAUCUAAGCCGCCACUUGACUCGAAAAUAAAACUCCUCGAUGGACGGCGAAAUCAAAAACCGGACGGCCAAAGCCCAGAACUUCAAAGAGGAGAUAAGACUCCUUUGAAUUUAACUCCUCUCAGUGUGAGGAGCGGAAAAACACUUUCACCAACACGAAGUCUCCUCACUCCGUCCGACGCGACAUCUGAGGGCUGUGAACUGGAAUAUGAUGACUUUAUUAUGGACGAUCCUCUGUCUUAUUUUGACACUGAGGAUACUUUGAAACUCCGCUGGCAAGGGACUGAAAGAAUAGCCAGUAGAACCUUAAAACCGUCAGACUCCACUACAACGAUUGAUCAUUAA